AUGGGCGCCUACAUGUCAAAGCCGAAUACGGAGAAAGUUACCGAAAAAGGAGGGAACAAAUGGAUAUCAUACAGCUCAUGCUCUAUGCAAGGUUGGAGAAUGCACCAAGAGGAUGCUCAUAAUUGCAUUCCCGAUUUUGAUGUCUCUCGGGGAGUAUCGUUCUUCGCUGUUUACGAUGGUCAUGGUGGAUCAGAAGUCGCACGAUACUGUGCUGAAAAGAUGCCUAAAUAUUUGAUGGAACAUCCAGCUUAUAAAAAUAAUAAUGAUAAUAACAAGACAGAUAUGAAAGAAGCACUGAAACAAUUAUUCCUUGAUUUUGAUGCUACACUGGUAACACCGGAAACUAAAGCCACUUUGAGUAAACUAUCAGAGGCUGACAAAGCUGAUGAUAGUGAUGGUGGGGAUGAAAAAGAAUCACAUGUUAAAAUUCAUUGUACUCUGGCCGAUGAUGAUGAUGAGGAUGAUGAUGAUGGUGAAGAAGAUGCAAGUUAUUCAGAACUGUUGGCUUUACGCGCUGAAGCAAAUCAACCGUUGGAGCAUGUUUUAGAAAAGUAUGGCGGAGAAGAUGCUCUACCCUCUAGUAUAAAGACUAUACUGGAUUUUCGACGUCAAAUGAAAGUUGGUGAAUGUAGCCAUAGUCCGAUCAAGCUAACUGACGCCUCAUCAGGAGGCUCAUCAAGUGGCAAUAUAAAAUCCAAAGAAACAGAUUCCAGUGACACUGUUCAAGUGUCUGAUAAUACUGGGAGUGAUGGUGUUGGUGAUGCAGAGACCACUAAAGAAAGUUCUGACAAUGGCAUUCAAUCUAAAGGAACAGAGGGAAAGGAAGAAGAAGAAAAAGAAGAGAAAGAUACUGAUUCUAAAAAAACUCCUGCUGCUGCUGCAAAGAAGGACUCGACCAGUACGUCUUCAGAAAAACCUGCAGAUAGCACAGAUGACAGUAAACCUGCAACUGACACAUCUGGAGAUGAAGAUGAAAGUGAUGAUGACAGCGCAGAUUUCGAUCCCGAGGUUGAGCUUGAAGAGAGUGAUGAUGACGAUGAUGAUGAUGAAGACGACGACGACGACGAUCGACGAUGA